AUGUGGGGGAACGGCAGCCGGGCCGAGCCCUGGGCCGCGCCGCCGUGCGACGAGCGGCUGUGCUCGGCGUUGCCGCUGCGGGCGCUCGUGCCGGUGACGGCCGUGUGCCUGGGGCUCUUCGCGGUCGGCGUGGUGGGCAACGUGCUGACGGUGCUGGUCACCUGCGGGCACCGCGACGCCCGCAGCACCACCGACCUGUACGUGGGCAGCAUGGCGAUGUCCGACCUGCUCAUCCUGCUCGGGCUGCCCCUCGACCUGUACCGCCUGUGGCGCUCCCGGCCCUGGAUCUUCGGGCAGCUGCUGUGCCGCCUCUCGCACUACCUGAGCGAGGGCUGCACCUACUGCACCAUCCUGCACAUCACUGCCCUCACGGUGGAGCGCUACCUGGCCGUCUGCUUCCCGCUGCGGGCCAAGGUGUUGGUCACCCGGCGCCGCGUCAGGGCCGUCAUCGGCGCCCUCUGGGCCUUCGCCCUCCUGUCGGCGGCGCCCUUCUUCUUCCUGGUCGGCGUGGUGCAGCCCGACAACCGCACCGACUUCAGCCGCGAGUGCAAGCCCACCCCGCGGGCGCUGGAGUCCGGGCUGCUGGGCGCCAUGUUCUGGGUCACCACCUCCUACUUCGUGCUGCCCGUCGUCUGCCUCACCGUCCUCUACGGCUUCAUCGGGCGCGAGCUGUGGCGCAGCAGGGGCCGCCUGCGGGGUCCCGGCGCUGCCCUCCGGGAGCGGGGCCACCGGCAGACCGUCAGGAUCCUGGCUGUGGUGAUCCUGGCCUUUGUAAUUUGCUGGUUGCCUUUCCACAUUGGCAGGAUCAUAUUUAUAAACACCCGAGACACCAGAACGAUGCUGUUCUCCCAGUACUUCAACAUCUUUGCCCUGCAGCUGUUCUACCUGAGUGCCUCCAUCAAUCCCAUCCUUUACAACCUCAUCUCACAGAGGUACCGGGCAGCAGCCUGCAAGCUCCUGCUGCCUUGCCGGCGUGUGAGAAGGGCUCUGGUGGGAAUAAAAAUGUCCAGGACCUACACAGAGACCAGCAGUGGCAUAAGACACAGGUAAAUGGGCAGCUCCAAGGCCGUGCCCCAGCAGUGGGUUUCACGAGGCAUUCCAUGCAAGGAAGGACGCUUCCUCCUGCAAAGAGUCACAGAAGUCACAUCUGUCAGAGCUUUGGUAGCGUGUCACUCUCUGUGUGCCAAAAUACUUGGAUUUUUUGCCAGCAGAGCAAGCAGGGACCAUAAAACAACGAGAAUGGUGUGAAAGCCAACACUAAAGGGACAGCUGGAGGAUAUUACUGGUGAAACUGCGGGUUUGGUUUAUUUUGUGUUGUUCAGCCACGUUUGUACUCUACGAUUCCUGGUGCUUUCUAAACAUCUUAACAUCAGGGACUGCAAAGCAAGGGGUGACUCGCAGAGAGCCUGUGCUGUUUUAAAGCAGUUUUCUCACAAGGAGACGGACGCAGAAGGAAUUGCCCACCGCCAUCAGCACUUUUAUAAGAAGGGGAUGCAUGUUUUUAUUAACCAGUCUUGCUACCGUGAGUGUGAGUUUCCAGGACAAUUUAACUGACUCUUCCCCUGGGAGAGCAUAUCCUCUGCACUCAGCUCUGUUGAUCUGCCCCAUGCCAUUAAACACAUCUCUUAAUUAC